CAGAGUCUCCAUCAGCCGCUCCGGCUCCACCACCUUGAACUCAGCACGGAACAGGGCUGUCAAUCACGACACAAGCAGCGUCUUACCAGUACAUUGGUCCCGCUCGUCAUCAGAUAUGGACGCGGCAUCCUCCUCCACCAGUCAGUGCAGAUACAGUUAUGAAGAGUAUAAGGAGACAGCAGACUGGCUGUUGGCCCAAACAGAGCAGCGUCCUAAAGUAGCCAUCAUCUGUGGUUCAGGCCUGGGCGGACUGGCUGACCUGCUCGAGGACAAGACUGGGUUCCCAUAUGAGAAAAUCCCAAAUUUUCCCACCAGCACUGUGGAGGGCCAUGCUGGGCAGCUGGUGUUUGGGAGGCUGCAGGGCCGUGAGUGUGUCUGUAUGCAGGGGAGAUUCCACUUCUACGAGGGUUACAACAUCCACAAGGUGACGUACCCGGUGCGAGUCUUCUACCUCCUGGGCGUGGAAACUGUGAUCGUGACAAACGCAGCGGGGGGACUCAAUGGCAGCUAUGAUGUGGGAAACAUCAUGCUCAUUAAGGAUCACAUCAACAUGCCGGGCUUCGCGGGGCAGAACCCGCUCUGUGGGCACAACGACGACAGGUUUGGAAAACGUUUCCCUUGCAUGUCGGACGCGUAUGACCGUGAGUUGAUGGCUCUGGCCAAGCAAACAGCAGAGGAGCAGGGCUGCGGCAAAUUCCUGCAGGAAGGCGUUUACUGCAUGCUGGCUGGACCAUCAUACGAGACCAUCGCAGAGUGCAGACUCCUGAAGGUGCUGGGGGCUGAUGCUGUGGGUAUGAGCACAGUGCCAGAGGUGGUGGUGGCCCGUCACUGUGGCCUGCGUGUCUUGGGUCUGUCGCUCAUCACCAACAAGGUUGUGACAGAUUAUGAUAGCAUUGAGAAGGCCAACCACGAGGAGGUGCUGAGGACCACUAAGAGCAGAUCCCAGGACCUCCAGAGGCUCGUCGGCCACCUCAUCACCAAGAUCUAGCACCUGCAUCUGAAAUCUACAGACAAAAAAAAAUGUCCAGCCUCGUAAUUGAGUCAUUGGUGACUAGCUUUGAACAAAGGGUAAAAAUUAGGUGCAGGUGGUGAAAUGGUAAGGUAUGUGUGGAUAAGUUGUUGCUUAUGUGGGUAUUGCGUUGGCUAUCGUGGUUAACUGGGGGAGUGAGUGAGAGGUUUUUAAGAUAAGAUAAGAUAAGAUAAGAUAAGAUAAUCCUUUAUUAGUCCCGCAGCGGGGAAAUUUGCAGGAUUACAGCAGCAUUAGGUAAAGUGCACACAAGAGACAUAGUAAAAGAAAGGUAUAGAGCAGAGAGCAGAGAAAAUAAUUUUGGGGGGAGAAUGUCAACAUGCCACUUGUAAUGGCUACAAAUGUCCACGGCAUUUGAUGGAUGUUGGCAAUAUUGUUUGUGUCUAGUUUGCUAUUCAGUGAUAUCACAGCAAGACUUUCACAACCCUGGAUACAGUCCCCAUGAAUCACUUUCAUGGAGACACUAUAGAAUAUAUUUCUGACAGCUAGCUCAAUUUGUUCUUCAUAGGUGUAAUAUCUAUAAAAUCGAAAGAGAAAUAAUUAGCAAGUAGGCAAUUAAUCUGAAAGUUUUAAUAGAAGGCAAGGAUUGGCUUUCAUUUUCAUUUUGAAAGUUUUUGGUUGAACACUGUCCAAUUCUUUGGGGGCAAAUCAUGCUAGUAAUUAGGGGAUUACAAGACCCCUCGAAACACUUUAAGAGUGACUUAUCACCAGGUUAAAAAUCUGUGUUUAACCUCCCCGCUGGUUGAUUCAAGUAUAUUUCACUGACAGACUAUAGCAAGCAUCACUGUUUCCUGUGGCUGUUGUGCUCAGAAGUAUAGACCCGUAACCACACCCAGCAGUGAUGUCACGGUGUACCGACACUCCCUAGAGUACACUUUGCAUCAUUGCAGCAAGUUGCUUUUUAACAAAAAGUGGUGCACAUCAAUCAUGAGAUCUGGAAACCAGGCUGGAUUAAUGUUAAAGAAUUUAAUUUGAAAUGACAACUGAACAGUUUCUCUAAAAUCUGUAGGUGAAAUUUGGACUUUUGCAUUUGCAUUUGAGUCCUAAUCCAUAGUAUUGUUGUUGCUACUUGUGAUUAUAGUAUACCAUUCCCUAGAUCAUGUUCUCAUAUAUCCCAGAUCAUAGAUCAGUAAAUGUGACAGGAAUACAACCGGGGCUGUUGUACAAACCCCACCGGUAUGUAUUUCUAUCCAGCAUUUGUGCUGCCGGAUUGUUUGGGUUUUCCCUCUACACUACACUCUGCUAUGGAAGACUGGGACCUCUCCCAGUCAAACACAAUAAUAAUUGUGAGACAAUUCUAUGGCCAUUUUAUGCUGCUCACUACUAAUGAAAACCAAUAGACACAGGAAACCUUUACAUUUAACCUACUGGGAUGAUUGCGUCAUUGUUAGUACUUAUGAUCACUGACUAGCAUCCUGUUCUUGUUGAUGUAGACAUGUUUUUGUUUUAUUUUGCCUUUGCUUCCAACGAUUGUCUAUAAUUAAGGUACAGUGAGACCCUCCAUUAUUUAUAAUUACAAUUGUUAUAUGAAUACAGGCUGUAUGUCUUAUUUUGCCCUUAGCAAAGUAUGCAACUACCAACUGUGAAAGCAUUGUUUAUAGCUUAAGUUGUAUUCACUGUGCACUGAUGCGUUGGUCUUGACAUGUUCGUGCUUGGAUGGAGGAAAAACAGCCUUCUUCUCCAGCAGGGUCUUAGAUGUGAAUCCACAUAAUAACAGUUGCUGAUUAAAGAGAGUAUAGAAUAUUUAUUGUGACCAAACAAGGUAAUUGGGACCAAGUGGCACCUGCUUUCCUUCAUUUUGUGAUUUCUUGUUAUUAACAAUCUAUAAUAAAUACUUAUUUUAUCUUAAAGCAUAGUGUGUAUAUUUAAAGAUCAAAUCAGAGUUGCCUUUAUUAAAAGAAGACAAAUCACGUAUUUUAAAUAUUUAAUGUAUUUAUGAAUGAAGUGUGGAAAUGCCAUGUCAAUCCCAAAUCCUUGAAAGACCUCCAUUUUAAAAAAGGCAAUGGAGUUUUAGCUUAAAAGCCUUUCCACAAUAUUAUCUAUCCGAAAGACAAUCCUAAAGUCAAAGGCUAAUCUGGUCAAACAGUAGUGAUGUAUGAAGGUUUUUCUAGGCUGGAUUGCAUUUGGAUCCCUUUUAUUUGUACACCGAGGGACCACAGCACUGUAAUAUCAUGGAGGGCUGUAAUACUUGGGCCUGCAGUGUUCAAUCUUCUCUGCACCGAUCUGGAACCUCCUGCCAUUUCCCCUCGACCCUUUCAUUCAUUAAAGCUGCAAAGGCCAGAGGAAUCCUAAAUCAGCAGUCCACCUCUUAAACCAUUUGUUUCAGGCUUUAAAAUAAAGAUGCUAAUGGGGGGUCUUAAAGGGGAAUGCCACUCAGAGUAAAGCCUGCUAUCAUCAAAACGAAAAUCAGAAUUGAAACUGCUUUGUAAACAAUAAACAGGAAUCUUGUAACUUACAUACAUUCAUUUUAAGAUGUACUUUCUAUGCUAACUAUUUCCCUGUAUGGACACAACUCCAAAUGUUGCAUUUCUAUGUUAAAUUCCUGUUUUCUGGUUUGUAAAGUCUUUCAGACGAUUGUAUGCACUAGAAUACUGAAUAACUACUAUAUGUUAAUCAUAUUUACUGUGUUCAGGUCUCAGUUCAGAAACUAAUUCACAAAAAAGAUAAACCUCCUAUUUCUCUACUGACAUGAAGAUACUUUAUUCUAAUAACAAAUGCUGUUGCUGUUAAAUAAAGAACUUUGCA